AGCAUUAACCAAUUUAUGUAAAAUUCUCUCUAAGCAACGCCCAAUCCAAAAUCCAGCAAAUGACGACCUCCGUCAAGAACAACUUCUUCCCUCCAUCUCUCAUGUCUAAUCUCCAGCAAGUUCUCAUCAACCGAAGCGACGUCGAUGUCGACGCCGCCGGCGUAGAACAAACUUCUGCUAAGGAUAAUGAUCCGAUUCAAGUUGUUGCUUCUGCUACAUCUUCUGCCGAAAGAAGCACUGUCCACGGCAAUGUAUGCGAAGAUUCUGAAAAGGAAAUUCUUUUGGUUACAAAUGGAGAGGGAAUAGAUUCCCCUGGCCUCACUUCCCUCCUCGAAGCUCUUGUUCGUGAUUCCCGUUUUAAUGUUCACGUCUGCGCUCCUCAAUCGGACAGAUCCGUAUCUGGUCACUCAGUGACGGUUAGGGAGACUCUUGCUGCUUGUUCUGUUGAUAUUAACGGCGUCACUGCUGCCUAUGAAGUUUCUGGGACACCCGCGGAUUGCGUUUCUUUAGCUUUAUCGGGAUCAUUGUUUUCUUGGUCUAAGCCUGUCCUGGUAAUCAGUGGAAUAAACAGAGGAUCAAGUUGUGGCCAUAACAUGUUCUACUCGGGUGCUGUUGCUGCUGCUAGAGAGGCAUUGAUUUGUGGUGUACCCGCUCUUUGCUUAUCAUUGAACUGGAAGAAUGGAGUAAGCUCGGAAAAUGACUUGAAGGACGCAGCCAGUGUUUGUUUACCAUUAUUGUAUGCUGCCAUUAGAGACGUCAGGAAGGAAAAGUUUCCCAAAAGUUGCUUAUUAAACGUAGAAAUUCCUACUUGUCCCAUUGCAAACAAGGGCUUCAAAGUAACCAGACAGAGUCUAUGGAGAUCCUCUUUGAGCUGGCAAGCAGUGCCAGCCAACAAGCAUCCGUCUGCCGGCCAUUUCUUGUCUAAUCAACAGAGCCUUGGUAUGAAGCUUGCACAACUUAGCCGAGAUGCCUCCGCAGCUGGUGCAGCUCGCCGCCUGAACUCACGUAGGAAGAAUGUUGAGAUUGAAUCUGUUGGGGUUGCGGGAAAAGUGAAUUCCCCACAAACAGUGAAGAAAUACUUCCGUUUAGAGUUCUCAGAAAAGGAGGAGGAAAAUGUUGAAGAGGAUCUAGAUUUUACAGCAGUUGAAAAUGGAUUUGUUUCAGUGACUCCAUUUUCUUUAAGCAUUCAGCCAGACAUCCAAGGCUUGGUAACUAAUUGGAUUGCAGCUGCACUUGCCAGCGAGCAAUAAAACACCCUCCUCCAGAAUUGUAAAGUAAUUAAGUUUGUGUUUCGUUGGUAGUGCAUGAUUAGUAUUACCUACCUAGUUUAUGCCCCUGUUAAACUUAAAUUCAGGCGACUCAAGCCAUGAAUUUUGAACAAAUUUUUAAGGAUUAAAGAGUGUACUUCUGCUUUUGACGUAUGUGACUCUAAAUACUUUGUUUUGUGCGUUGGUCCUUGGCCUUCCAUCUAUUUCAUGAACCUUCUUAUGGUCUA